CUGUGUGUCAAGAUUAUAACUUUUCAGAGUUAAGAUCAGAGAGGACACAUUUGCUGAGAACCAAGAGUUGGGCUACAAGACAUUGCAGACUACCAGGAGUUGAAAUGGGUCUUCCAGACGGGCUGUUAGAGUUCUUGGGGCCAGUAGGGUGGGGGGCAGCAGCGCUGGUAGGGGUGGUUAUAUUGAUUCAAGUGGUUAAAAAGAACAGAGAGGAGAAACGUUCUAUUUCUCCAGGAACUCACAAGUGUUUUGGUGACGAGAGAACACGGUUGAAGGAGGAAAAGUCGAAUGAAGCUUCUGGAAGAACUGGAAACUCUAGGAAGAAGAGAGUAGAACCGUGCCGUCAUGCCGAACAUGAGGAUGACAUAAUGAAAGGUUACGGCCUUGGACAUGUUCACAAAUAUAAAGAUGACAAGAAAUUUCGACCAUCUUGGUGUGAUAAGGAGAAUGAAGGCAUUACAGAGGCAGACCAUAUUCCACCUAAAGAUUCUCUGAAGAAGGCCCUAAACAAUGUACGACUGGAUCGUCUCCUACAAGUGAAUCCAAGGCUUCAUGAGAUGAUCAUGAGCCUUGAUUAUGACCCAACUGGACAGAACCUGUUAACCAUGAGGGUUCUUUACCAGGAUCACAGAGAUGCUCUGACCACUGGUAGCAGCAAAGAAUCUAAAAUAUGCAGGUGGAUUUUGACACAAACAAUGCUAAGCGGAAAAGAUGAUUGUGCAGUAAAAAUGCUGGAGCAAGCUUUUAUCAUGGGUCAUCCUAUAGCUUCCCAGAUGCUCAGACAUGAUGCUGGAUUUGUUGACGCCGCACUACGUACCGAGGGUAAAGUUGACAUGUCUGAUGAAGGCACAAGGAGCUACUACAGAUAUGGCUACACUGACCUGGUCAAUGAAUAUCUCUACAAGGGGAUAAUCAACGAUGGUCAAGCAAAAGACCUCAAAAUAUGGGUGAAAAGAGAGAUGCACCUGGACCGGGAUACCGCAGAGUAUAAGGAGAUCCUUGAAGACAUUAAUGAUUUCUAUGACUGUUUUCAUAUGUUGUAGGCUUACUCUUACAGCAGUAUCCAAGGGGAAAGAAUCAAAAGUAUACCUUCCAUCACUUAUCGAUCAUAUUUUGGAGUAGCCUACAAUUUCAUGAAUUUCAUGUUGAUAAUCUCAUCUUAUAAUUAUAAUGUUUUGCUUUACAACAUGAUUGGUUGAUCCACAGAUGUUGCAAUCUCUAUUGCACUCCACACUGCCCUUUCCCACCUGGACGAAAGGAACAUCUAUGUGAGAAUGCUGUUCAUUGACUA